AUGUUUCAUCCCUACGCUGGCACGCUUCUUGGCAAGCAGCAACUCGGAGAGGAGUUCUUUUGGGAGCAUGCUGCUGGCGAUGUGACCCUUGAUCUUGCGUUGCCCUUGGCUUCAACGGUGAGGUCGUGCCAUGGCCGAUGCUUCCAAACAAUUCCGGUGCUCGUGUUGCUGCGGCGAAAGGUUCGGCUCGCUCUUGCACUUGGGCAUACUUGGGCCAUGUCGGGCCGCCGCCGCUUCUUCUGGGCCCGAGUGCGGUCGGCUGUGCAAGGCGCCAAAAGCGAGACCCUCACAGGGACAUCUACAUUGCUCGACAGCAGCCACUUUGAGUUCGCCGCUUGCCGGAGGCGCGCGCGCCCCGCGCCCCAACCUGGCCUCUGUGGGUCGUCACCUUCGCGGCUCCUGACGGCAUCGACCACGAAUCUGGAUCGGCCCUGUCAAUGA